UUUAUUAAAUUGUGUGUAUGAAAGAGUGAUAUGGUCAGAUAAUAAUAUUGGAGGUAUUCUUAUUAUUUACAAUGAGUACACCUUAAAUCAACAGUUCUUUAGGGACACUGAAAAAAAGCGUUGACAUCAAUGGAUGCUGAUAAGUUUCCUAGAAGAAUGCAGUUACAUACUGCAGUCGCUCCUCCCCCAUGAUGACCAUGUGAUGCAGGUCAAACACAGGCUGACAGGAGAGGGAGGAUAAACCUGACUGUCCUCACCUUACAGAGAGUAGAGUUCAACAUAUAGACCAGCGAGAAGAGGGAGAAGCCAGAGAGGACGAGUUUUCUUAUUCUGAGAAGGAGAUUUGACGAAAAAAGACACACUUUGGGAUAAUUUGUGCUCGUGAAUAUUUGUGAUUGAAGUCUAUACUAUACUAUAAAAGGACAGCUGAUGACGAAGGUGAUGAUGGCGGGGGAUAAACUACUGGAUAUGUGGAAUAGAGGAGACACAGAGAAAGACUCCUGCAUGGAUCGAGAAAGGGAAUCUCUCCCACGCAAAAAGUUAUCCCAUUCAAUUGAGGAGAUUCUGGGGAAGCCCAUGUGUGUCAGAAGAGACAAAAGAGUUCAUCGUAACUGGUCUGUUAUCAAGGAGAACACCAGAAUAUCUAAUCAGCAUAUAUGUGCAGAAAUUCCACAAAUGAGACUACUUGAAGAGUCUCCAAAAGCCACCACAGACUGCAUAAGUCAGAGAAAAAAGAGGCAAACGAGGGUCACUUUCACACCGUUCCAGGUGCACGAGCUGGAGAGGGUUUUCCAGCAGACUCACUAUCCAGAUGUCAACACCAGAGACCAGUUAGCCUCUUCUCUGCACCUCACUGAGGGCCGAAUACAGAUUUGGUUCCAGAACCGCAGAGCCAAGUGGAGGAAAGCUGAAACACUGAAAGAUAUAGAGCUGAUGGCCAGACAGCACAUACACUCACCCAGUAAUCCCCUGCUUUAUUAUAAGAUGCCCCAGCUGCAGACAGUGUGCUGGCUGCCAUGCUGCUUACCUUAACCCCUUCAAUCACAAUUGUUUGUCAGAGUGACAUCAACACCCACCGUGCUGACCAAUACACAUUCCCCACAUCUCAGGACUCUGUAUUUUGACCCGCUGGGAACAGAUAGAUAGCACCUACUGUAUUCUUACACAUGAUGGUACAAUUAUGUUCUGGGGUUUUUUUAGAUUAUCUGGUACAAAGAUCAUAAUGUUUUUUCUGGUGAUACAGAAAACUAUUGAAUUACACUGUAAAAACCAAUUUUAUUGAUGAUUUUACUGUAAUUGUCAGAUAUGCUGUAUUUACCGAAAUAAAGUUUGCAUGUAAACAAC